AUGGACAAUGCUGGUACAGAAAUGUUUGGCGAGUCCGAAAAAGAAGCACGCGCUGCUCAAGAUCAAAACAUUUGGCAAAAAUUCAAUGAAAAAAUAGAGCGUAGACUGGACGGAGCAGUUUUGGCAUCUAUAACAGACUCAAUACCUCACAAACCUGCGCGAGAAACACACCAGGCAGAAUUUAAAAAAGACAGUCAAGGAUGUCCCCUACAAGGAGAACUUGUGCUAAUCAACGACAGUCUCCAACCUCGUCAGCUCUGGAAAAUGGGAAGAAGACAUCAAGCCUUGAGUAAUGCAAAAGGUAGAAUAAGAGAAGCAAUAAUACAGCUUCGAUCACGUCGCCUGAUUCAACGUCCAAUUAGCCUGCUGAUUCCUUUGGAACUUGAAGAUGAAGCAAUGCCCUUUCACCAUUACAUCGAAACUACAGAAGUUCCUUCGUCCGGACCAACAACAGAUAAUCAAGAAGCUCGAUCAAACGACAAUAAUAUUGUGUUAUCUACUACCAGUUCAAGGUAUAACCUAAAGAAGCGUAGAACAAUUAACUACAAUGAGCAUGGUGAUACUACCAGGAGCUCUUUUGAAGAUAUUUCCUCCACAUCCAACCUUCUGCAAAUCUCUCUAGUCCGCCUCCUAGCUGGCCCAGUUAUGUCGAACAUCAAUAAAUUGAGCUAUAACUGGCGUAUCCAGUGUAUUCAAGGAGGAAUAAACCAAUACUCUUCUGAGGAGACCCCAUAUGAAAUUUGUGCUGAGCAAUAUAGCGUUCAAAUGGACAAUCCAGCAAUAAAUGAAACCAUUCGUUUCCCAGCAGAAAUAGUUUUACACUGA